UGUAUAUAUUUUUUCAUAUAUAGUUUUAUAAUGUGAAUCAUAACUUAUUAUAAAUUAUAUGUUUCAUUAUUAUUUACAAAGGAUGUUACAACAGAAGUUAUGAUAACAACAAUGGGUAAAAUACCAAGUGAAAUGUUUUAUUUAGAAGACACACCAGGUACUAUAGUUCCACAAAGAAUACAAACAACAUCUACAUUUUCAAAAGCUAUGAUGGAAACAACAGAAUACCAUCGGUCUGUAGAAUCUACUAGCCAUUCACCAGUUUUAGUUGCUCUAUUAACUGCUCUCUUGAUAAUAUUAUUAUUAUGCUGUAUCACGGCAUGUAUCGUAACUAAAUCAAAGAGGACAAGUAAUUUCUUUAGUAAAGGAAGCAUGGAGUGUGAACCAGGAUGUACAGGCAUAAAUCAGCCUUUGCUAGAAAAGUUUUCAAGCACCACAAAUAAAACUAGCGUCAGCUCUUUGAGAAACCAAAACUGACUUGACAUGAGUCUGCAUAAAAUGUGCGAUUAUUUCUUAUCAGAUAAAAUCCUUGAGGAAUUAUAACGUACGACAUAGCAAUAUAAUACAAACUGAUUAUGUUAUGAGUAGGCUUUGUGAUGAAAAGGCACAUUAAAGAAUGAAAUGUUCAUUGAAUUAAUUCAGCGACUAUUCAAAAGAAUCAAUUUUACUAAAAAAUUACGGAACAAGCGAAAUCUCAAAUCAAUAGAAAACGAAAAAGCCGCAACUUUGUUAAAAAUACGUUUGGGAAAGUCACAUGUAACGAAAAGACAAACGAAAUGUGACUUAACCUAUAAAACCAAGGAACUUACCUGGUUUUACUGGU